GCCGAUGAGAAACGCAAGAACACUACUCCGUUCCGGGAGAUUUCUGACUAGGGCUGUUGUCCUGACUGCUCGGCCAGCUGUACGUGGACACAAUGUGCAAAUGGCGCUGCCAACAUGCCAAAGUGCUCGCUGCAACUCCAUCUCGGCCAGGACCGAUGGCGCAGACAUCCCGGAGAGCGUGCGGAGCCUCACAAUGGAGCAGUAUGACACAAGUGCAAGCGAGACCCUGGAAACAAUCUACUGCGAUCUGGACGGGUUCUUCGACGAGCACAACAUCUCCGACGCCGACGUCGAGGAAAGCGCUGGCAUAUUGACCCUCAAUACCCCCCAAGGCUCGUACGUGCUCAACAAGCAGCCGCCUAAUAAACAACUAUGGCUGAGCUCUCCGAUCUCUGGCCCAAAGAGGUUCGACCUGUUGGACGGCGAAUGGAUCAGUAUUCGGGACGGGGUUAAACUCCAUGACAUGCUGGAAGAGGAGAUGACCCAGAUUUUCGGCGACUUCAGCUUCAGCGGGCAGUUCUAGCUGUCAAAUGGAGCACCCGAUUGUACAUAUCACAUGGGUCGCCAUCACGUGCAUAGAACGAAAUCGACUUUUUACGACUUUUU